AUGGAAAUCCCAACAUUUUGUUUUGAAAGUGUAAAACGAGUUGACAAUGUGUUAAUGAGUCCUCGAUGUACUGGAGGAGUUAUAAGUAAGGAAUUGCUAACUGCUAUGAAAGGAUGCAGAAUUGUGAAUGGUGGUCUUAUAUUUCAGAACCUAACAGGUAUGUCUAUAGAAGUAACGCAUGACUUCUCUUCACUUGGAGAAAUUCGAUAUAUUAAUGGGUCACUAAGGAUUGAGAAUUCACCAAUAUUCGUGGUAUUCAAUUUUCUGCAAAAUUUGAAGUAUAUAGAUAACUCCGAAAUAGGUCCAGGCCUUAGUAUACAAGCUAAUCCGAAUCUCACUUAUAUCAAGCUACCUUCUCUUCGAUCCAUAUCCUCAAAUGACUCCAUACGAGUUGUCAUUCAUGAUAAUCCAAAGCUUGUUGUUAGCGGGAAGCUACGGAAAGUUCUACGAAAGCUGCCGGAAGACCAGAUUGAUUUUCCUGCUGAUUCUCAACUAGCACGAAAAAUUCGCCAAGUGGAAAACUCAACUACUACUGAUACUCACAAUGAAAGCAGCACAAAUUACACAACAGACGUUCCUCAUCCUCCCCCUUCUAAUAUACUAGAAGAGAUGUUCCCAUAUCUCUCAAUUAAUCAUUUAUUCAUGUCAGUCACUGCUCCUAUAGUCAUUUUAAUCCUAGCACUUUGUGGAGCACUAUUAUGGGCCCUGAGAAGAAAGAAGAUUUCUUUGCAUCGGGUUCAUAGGAAUAUCUUGCCUUCACCUAACUAUCGUCUGAAGCCAAAGGCACAAGUCAUCCUACUCUCGUUGUGUCAGGACAUUCUACUUAUAAAUCCGUUAAUGUGGAAAUUUGAAGAAAGAAAAUACUUGUGGCUGCAGGAGCAAAAGGAAAAUGAAAAGUCGGAAUUCUUGGUGAAGGUUCAUGCAAACUAUAUAAACAACCAAAUGUUGCCACUUGCUACUAAUGGCCGGUUACCUACACCUACCGAAGGAGAUACAAAUGCAUCUCGAAACCAGUUUUUAAUUUUUGAUCGCGUCAGGACAAUACUAAAACCGAAAUCAGUUGUAGUAAUAGGGACCGGAGAUGAUCCAAAAUGCGUAAUCUUUGGGAUUCCUACGGAAGUAGGCAAAGAGAACGUUUACGAGCAUGGCACAUCUCGAAUAGUCCUUCGAUUACUGCGCACAGAGAAAGCAGGUAACAGCGUUCAAAGUUAUGAAUAUAGUGCAACGUUCACGUCAGAAAGCGGAACAGCCGAAAAAUCUAGUCUGAAGUUUGUCUUUUUCACCUGGCCAAGUUUUGGAUUGGUUGCUGAUCUACAAGAGGUCCUACAACUCGUGCAAUUAUGUCAAAAUGCUAAAGAUUCUAUUUGUGUGAGCGAUCGACACAAAGAAGUUUUCUCUUUGCUCCAUCUUUUCUAUUCAUUCGUGGUUGUGAUGGAAACGCCUAUUUCAUUAAAUGAUGCAUUCCAACUUCACUUAGUUAAAUGCAAUGGGUCCAUGAUCGACAGAAUUGAAAUGUUGUUUGCAAUGAACUUCCUUCUAGAAUGGGCAAUUAAGGCAAAAGUGAUACCAAAGGAAUUGACCACAGCAACCACACUGUGGCGAAGUACCUACGAACAGAUGGCGGCUUUUCGACAGAUGCAUUCAAAUGUGAUGACUAUUCACCCAGAUCAUCUAGAUCAAAUAUCAGAAGAAGUCGUUCUAGAAAUAGCACGUGCCGGAGGCUUCCCUACACCAUUCUUUUCGUACCGUGAAGAGGCUUUAAUGAUUGAUAAAUUCGUUUAUCGAACGCAUGUUGCUGUCGAAGAGACUGAUUUCGAGAAAAAAGCUAGAGAAGGACAGAUGAGACGUCUCAAAAUCUCAGAAUCCGAACAAAAGAAGAAAGAAAAAGAGUUGGAGGGGAAUACGACUACGGUAGGAAUUGAACAAUCUCAAGAAGAUCCGUUGUAUGUAAAGAAGUAUAGAGGAAGAAAGAUGCAAGAACUAUGGGAAGCAGAACAAAAACAAAUAGAAGAAUUAAAGAGAAAAAGAGAGAAAAAAUGGACACAAACCACCACGGUUCAAAAACUAACUACUUCUACAGUUUUAAAAGGGAAAAUCCCACCUUUGCAAACCUCAACCAGCCCAACACCGACACUCGCAACACAAGAAUCUUCAAGAGGAGCGUUGAUGGUGUCUAGUGAAGGAGCUGGAAAGGCAUCAGGUGAAGAGAAGCACCAAGAACAGAUUUCACCAGCUUUAGAUGUUGAACAGAAAAUCACCUCAUCAGACACACCCACACCACUAGCGGAUAAAGCGUCACCUGAUCAAGGAUUGAAGGAGAAAAAAGGCUUCUUUAGAAAUGCGUUUUUGCGCAUUUCAAGAUUUGUCGCACGAAAAGGAAAAGGAGCUGCUCCAAUUCUAUCUGGCAGACAACUUCAAUUACAACCUCCUACAGCUCCAACUGACUUGAAGGUCGCUCGUUCGAAAAAAGGUUCCAAAAUGUUAUCCGUGAAAUCAAAAAAAUCACGAAGAUCUACCAGAUCAAGAAUGGAGAGUUCAAGUGGCCCUAAAUUACAUUCUCCAACUCCAGCAAAUAAGUUGCCGAAAGAUGCAUCUACACCGAGCAUUAUGCCGAUUAACCCUUGGUGGAUGCAAUCGUCCAUGAAGCGAAUGGACCAGAGGACCUGA